GCGCGUUAAAUUUGCCACAUGUAUCAUGUACCGCUGAUAUGAUGGAAUGAGUCACCGGGGCAUGCCACUUGAUGAUAACCCACCGCAAAAAUACUGCGCCUCUUGCGCUUCUUAAUUAAGUACUCUCUUUACUUAUUUAUUGCUCGAACCGGACUCUUCCGGUUGGCAAAUAUUUUUACCGUUAUUCUCUCUCUCUCUCUCUCUCUCUCUCUCUCUCUCUCUCUCUCUCUCUAUCCGUCGGUAUAAAUCUUAGUUUUGAAGCUGUGAUCUAAAAAACGCCAAUAUCUCUGCCGUUGCAGAGGCAAAGUUCCUGGAACUCCUUAUAAGAAAUCGCUCCAUGUAAUACUUCCCUCAAUGUAAUACACACAUUUCUUAUAUCAUUGACUCCCUUCCAUACAGACAGAAAUACGCUAUGACUUCAUAAAAUUCAAAUUCUAAAUCACUGACUCCCUUCCACACAGACAGCAACACACAAUGACUUCAUAAGAUUCUAAUUCUAAAUUAUAAAUUCUUGAAGAUUCCUACCAGUCAGUGGUAAGGCUGCAUCGGGCUUUUGCUCUUCACAACAAACGGCAAACUGUCUGCGUGUCAACUCGGGCUUCAGGGUGAAACUUUUCUACGAGCCUCCUCCUGUUUGCUUGUUGUCCAGAAAAGCUGGAAAGACUCACGCAGCCCAGCCAGGAGACACCAAAUUGUUGUGGAAAUUAGGCAACACUCGCAGACUCGUCCUCUGAAGUCACCCCUGACCUGUCUCCGGAGAGCCCCUUACUCGGCACCCUCCCGCUGCCACCAGCUCGCUCGCGUACCAGCGGCCCCACCACCCAUCCCCCCGCCGAGCCGCCUGCGCGACCCCACCGGAAGCGCAGCGGCGAGGCCGGAAGUGGCAGUGCUAGCCCACCUGUCCGCGGUGCCAUGGAGGUGGGUAUGCGUGUGGUGCGUGGCGUUGACUGGAAGUGGGGCAACCAGGACGAUGGUGAGGGCCAUGUGGGCACAGUGGUGGAAGUGGGGCGCCAGGGCAGCACCAGCACACCUGACAAGACCGUAGUGGUGCAGUGGGACAGCGGCACUCGCACCAACUACCGCACCGGCUACCAGGGUGCCUAUGACCUGCUGCUUUAUGACAACGCACAGAUCGGUGUCCGCCACUCAAACAUCAUUUGCGACAGCUGUAAGAAGCAUGGCAUCAUGGGAAUGCGUUGGAAAUGCAAGGUGUGCUUCGACUAUGACCUGUGCACACAUUGCUACAUGAACAACAAGCACGACCUCUCACACGCUUUCGAGCGCUACGAGACCGCGCACUCGCAGCCAGUGAGCUUGGCACCAAGGCAAAACCUGUCACGGAUAAUCCUCAAAGGAAUCUUCCAGGGUGUAAAAGUCGUCCGCGGACCCGACUGGGAUUGGGGCAACCAAGACGGAGGAGAGGGGAAGAUCGGGAAGGUGGUUGAUAUCCGAGGUUGGGACCAAGAGUCAGGCCGCAGCGUGGCCAGCGUCACCUGGUCCAACGGCACCACCAACGUCUACAGGAUGGGUCACAAAGGCAAGGUGGACCUCAAAUAUGUCUCAGAUGGCCAAGGAGGUUACUACUACAAGGAGCACCUGCCCAAACUAGGUGAACAUGCAGAGCUGCAGAGGCAGGAGAGCGCUGAUGGCCACACGUUCCAGCAGGGGGAUAAGGUAAAAUGCCUGCUGGACGUGGACAUCCUCAGGCAGAUGCAGGAGGGGCAUGGAGGCUGGAAUCCUAAAAUGGCAGAGUACAUCUGCAGAAUCGGGACUGUGCACAGGAUAACGGACCGAGGGGACGUCAGAGUCCAGUACAGUAACAAUAUACGUUGGACUUUCCACCCAGGCGCUCUGACUAAAGUGAAUACGUUUGCAGUAGGUGAGUUGGUGAGGGUACUGGACGAUAUCGAGACUGUGAAGAGGCUACAAGCUGGCCAUGGAGAGUGGACUGACAGCAUGGCACCUGCCCUGGGCCAGGUUGGCAAGGUUUUGAAAUUGUAUGCGGAUGGUGACCUGCGCGUGGCAUUUGGAGGACAGACGUGGACUUUUAACCCUGCAUGUCUCUCGGCCCAGCCUGGCGAGGUGGACGCCAAUCUGAUGACGGCUGAAAAUCCAAGUGAAUCAAGAUCCACAGUCAUUUCAGUCCUGGAGAAGCUGUUGUCUCAGUCCACGGAGCAGGAUAACCCCGGGCGCCUGGUCAUCGAGGCUGCUCAUGGCAGCGCUGCUAAAGUUCGCGAGCUAGUGCAGAAACAUCCGGAUAAGGUGGAUAUAAAGAACCAGGGGAAGACGGCCCUCCAGGUGGCUGCUCACCAGGGCCAUAUGGAAGUAGUGAAGGUCCUGCUGCAGGCCAACAGCAGCAUCGAGGCCAAGGACGAAGACGGAGAUGCAGCUCUGCACUACACAGCAUUCGGGAACCAAGCCGAAAUCGCACGCCUCCUCCUGAGCAAAGGGGCCAGCGUCAACCUGCUGAACAACUCCAUGUGUACUGCGCUCCACAUCGCCGUCAACAAGGGCUUCACUGACGUAGUGAGGGUACUGACCGAGAACUCCGCCGACGUCAACCUGCAGGACUCGUAUGGGGACACACCUCUACACGAUGCCAUUUCUAAGGACUUCCGGAGUAUCGUUGAGAUCCUGACCGUGGUGCGCAACAUUGACUUUACGCAGCAGAACGACCGUGGCUUCAACCUGCUGCACCAUGCAGCGCUGAAGGGCAACAAACUUGCAACAGAGAAGAUUCUGGCACGUGCUCGGCAGCUGGUCGACGUGAAGAAGGAAGAUGGCUUCUCAGCUCUUCACGUGGCAGCUCUCAAUAACCACUACGAGGUGGUCGAGGUCCUCAUCAAAGAGGGCCGCUGUGAUGUCAACAUCCGCAACAACCGUGGUCAGACACCUCUGCAGCUGGCGGUCACGCAGGGCCACAUGCGGCUGGUGGAGCUCCUGGUGUUGGAGGGAGCCAACGUGAAUGCUGAGGACGAGGAGGGAGACACGGCCAUGCACACGUCCCUCACCCGCCAAGGACUCACCACCGCCCUGAGCAGCACAGAGAGAGAUGCCUCAAACCUCUACAGCCGACUGAGCAGCUCAGGGCUGUUGGGGAACACAGAGCUGAACGUCGGGGCUGCUAUAGCCUGUUUCCUGGCUCAAGAGGGUGCCGAUAUAAACUACGCCAACCAUAAAGGCAAGAGUCCACUGGACCUGGUGACGGACAGCAUCGUGUUUCAGCUGAUCAGGAGCUUCUCCGAGAAAUACCGACUGCAGGCCGGUACGUGUGGGACGGGUGGCAGUGGAAGCAGCAGUCUGAGGCGGGUUCACACCACACCAAACACCAUGACCAACCUGGUCAUGCCCAGCGCACCAGGUCCCAGCGAGUGCCUCAUCUGCUCCGAGCUCGCUCUGCUUGUGCUCUUCUCCCCGUGCCAGCACAGUGUCGCCUGCGAAGAAUGUGCUCACAGAAUGAAGAAAUGCAUCAAAUGCCAGGUCACCAUCACCAAGAAAAUACGGCAAGACCAAACAGAGGUAGACAGCAGUCCAAAUUCGGAGAGCUCGGAGCAGCACCACCUGCUGGAGCGCUACAGGAAGAUGGAGGAGCGCAUCACUUGCCCCAUCUGCAUCGACAACUACAUCAAGCUUGUGUUUCAGUGUGGCCACGCCUCCUGCAUGGAGUGCAGCUCCGCCCUCAAGACCUGCCCCAUAUGCCGCCAGAGCAUCCGCGAAAGGAUCCAGCUUUUUGUCUGAUGUGUGCACACUCACUUACUCACCAACACACACACAGACACACACACACACACACACACAAUUGUGUCAUGGCUUACUGUUAGAUGGCAGGUAGGGGUGGGAGGAAAGGAUAUAGGAUGUGCUGUAUUUAGUCAGUCAGCCUGACUUCUCCAUCAUCAUUGUCCAGAUGCAGGAAGCCUCGAAGGAAUCGUUUUGGUUUUUUUUGUGUGUGCGUGGGGACGUGUAUGCACCUGCUUUUUUCAGUUCAUCAAAAAGAAAAUGCAGACACACAAUCCUCUGGGUCAGCAUCCACAAACAAAACACCAGUCAUAUCCACUGCGACAUCAAAUUCUUCCUGUGAGAUUUAACUCCUCUCAUUUGAUUUUGAAUUAUUUGCUGACUCACUGUAGCUCGGAGAUGUUUACAGACUGACACUAUCGUUAGAUUCUCUGUGGAAAAACCAUAAACCUCUCCAUGGAUGUAGAAUCAUUACACCUGGAUGCACAGCAGUGGAUGGAGGUGGGCUAUUUUGUAAGUCAUACAGACUGCAGCUUUAAGUUUCACAGUGACGUACAGCGCUUCUCCCAAUCCCUCCUAGUAGACCCUGAAGAAGCUUUCCACAAGUGAAGGAUAUACAAUGCAUGCUGAUAUGCAUAUUAUCUAUAUGAUAUAUUGUGACAUGGAUUACAUUUGUGGUGUUCUAAGGCAAUCAGUCUUUUUUUUUUUUUUUCUUUUCUUUUCUUUUUUUUCCUUUCCUUUUUAUUUAUGUGUGAAGGCAUCCUGUAGCCAAGAGGUCAAGUGAAGCAGACCUGAGCAAUGAAACGCUCAGUAUUACUACGUGUUAAUUUAUUUGUUAUGGUCAAAGAAACGAUAACUCCUUUAAAAAAAUAAAGAAAGAAAUAAGGUCAUUUACUUUUUUUUUUUUUUAGAGGAGAGUUUACAAAAGGAAGUUUCCUGAAAUAGAGUACGAGACACUAAAUUGAAGGAUAGCACGGUCUGAAAGAUGUCAGUAAACAUUUCAUCUACACGUUAACUUUACAACGGGAGACUGAAUGAAAUUUGAUGGAUGAGCCACCUCAUGCCUUUUUGAAAGUGACAGCCCUCUGGAUUGACAUCUCCGGUAAUUUAUAUCCUCCGUGCUCGUGUGGUUUCAGGUCAAACUGGUGAUCAGAGAUCAAUUUUUGGCUUUUGUGUCAUUAAUUAAUACGGUUAAAACAUUAAUCUAGGAUAAGCUGAUCCUGGAUCUGAGCUGGGACUUUUCAGCAAAUUGUUUAUUAGUUGUUUUUUUUUUUUUUUUUCCAUUACACCAUUCAAAUCGGGAAAAUUUUACCCCGAUUCUAAUUUUGUACAUUUUUCUGUUGAAGAUUGCUGCUUAGUUUUCUGAUGUAUUAUGGUGAGGAACUGUCCUGUGCUUUUGCUGUUUACUAAACAGGACAAACUCUAUACUACGCCUUCACACUUGGAUAUUACUCGGUAUCCAACGGUUAUUUUCUUUCCCCGUCCCCCAAAGAGUUCAAAUUUAAUUUGCGUCAGAAUGGCAAAAUAAAUAAAAAAAAAAAAGUGUGCGUAUCUGUCAAUAAGUGUGUUACCAUUUGUCAGUCGCUACCAAAAUUUCCCUAACCAAACCAGUUACAUGUUUCGUUCCAGAAGGGCUCGCUGUAUGCAUCGAAAAAAAAAAAAAAUCUAUUUUAAUUAUUACUAUUUCGUUUUGUAUUAUAUUCCAUGUCAAUCAAAAUGGGGUUUUGUAGAUUCCAUACCUGGGCUACUUACAGUUAAAUACCAGAAUGUACAUAUAUUGGAAUGUCCGUAAAGAGAUCCUGCUGCAUCACAGCUUGAGCAUGCUAGCAAAGUUAAAAGAAUAUCAGUGCCAAAUUUAAAAGUCAUACGCAUUGCUUCUUCAUACAAGAGUAUGAAGUCUUUGUGAACUUCUCAUCAAUUCUGAGACAUCGGUAUUUGUUUCUGAUUUCACAAAAGUUUUUACAUUUUUUCUUCCAGUUUGGGAACAUCAAACCCAGUAAUGGAAUAAGAAAUAUGUACUCUAAACAAACUUUAGACAUUCGUAAAGAGCCACUAGCCAGAGAUUAUUAAACACCAAACUUCGUGUCAUAUAACCAAGUUAUCUGAUUUGAACAUGUUUUGACACAAGAUGUGAAUAGCAGGAUUGUGUAAAUGCCUUGUGUUUUGUGUUGUAAAGUGUAUUCUUAACCAAGUUGCAGGUUUUGAAAAAAGGCCCUUUUUUUAAAGGGGAGGUUAAUAGUGAUAGUUUUUUCUUCUUUUUUUUCUUUUUCUUUUUACAUGUUCAUUGUCUUGAUGGUAAAAGCAUUACAUACAGUAGUGUGUGUAAAAGUGGUCUCUAGCUUGCCCAUCAGAUUGUAUAUCAGUUUAGAAUCUCAAAUUCCACCUAAUCUCAGAAAUGAUCCAUGCAUACAAUUGGCAUGAUAGUGAGAAUUCAGUGUGAACUACUUGUGAGUUGGCAGCAGACGUAGGAGGGCAAUAAAGGCAUAUAUGCGUUGACGAUGUUAAAAGAUUAUUUAAAGUGUUACUGUUGAUGUUUGUACAGUUCAGCACGCAACAUGUUGGCCUUACUGUCCAUUCCAGGUUUUUUUUUUUUUUUUUUUUUUUUUUUUUAGUUUUACUGUACAAAGUAUUUU